AUGGAGUCACUCAAGUCGACAUUAACUCAACUCUUAUUAUUAGUUCCACCGGAGGCAUUCCAACCGGGCGAAAAUGAAAGAUUAAACAGGCUUACAAAAGCUGUUUUAGAAGCACGAUAUGUCGACAUUUUAGAGAUCAGCGAUUACAAGGAGAUCGCCAGUCUCCCCGAAGCUCAGAAAAUUCUUCAUCUGUACGGAGAGUUGUCUUUGGUUGAUGUCCUUAGAAGGUUUGCACAUGGAAUAAUAGACUCUAGCAAAACCCUUUUGGGAGAGGAGGGUUUAAUUGAUGCUCAUAUAUAUGCCAUCUCAUUUUUGCAACUUUUUAUACAAUCUAAUUUCACUGGACCACUGAUCAAGAUGACUGCUCACUCAUUAUUCUUUCCUAAUGCAGAUGAGGAGAAGUUGCAAACAGAUGCAGUCAAGAGUCUCAAUAUGGAGGGACAAUCAGCUUACGAUUUAAUGCAAGACCCUGUUUAUUUAAUUCUUGCAGAGUUGAUGUUUGAAGAAUUAACUGACACGCCAAUUGAAGCAUCUUUGUUUUCCAGAAAUGGAACUAGUCCCUCUAAUCAAGUUCUUGAACACGCGGAAAGGAUAUGCCAGCAAAUUGAUGACCCCCUCAAAGCAUCUAUCACGUGGUGGAGGGCAAGGGUUUUGCAAGUGCAUUCGUCUGUUUUGUCAGAACCCCUGGGUACCAUUCUGUCUGUUUGUGGAGUUUUAUUGGGAACAAACUUGUUAAAGUAUGUUUUACCUUUGGAGGAUUCACCUUGUGGAGUUCAUAUGUUGGGUCAGUUGCAAUUCGUUCUUGAGCAGGCAAGAAUCUACAUCCAUGCUCAAACCGAACAUGCAUCAAUAGCUCCGUUGAAUAAAGCUAUCGGUAUUACUGGGUUGCAAUUGCUUCUCUCGGGUGCUAAAGCAAAGAGAACAAAAUAUCAAAAAUUCCAUACAUCCAAUUUAAUUGUCUUGGCUAGAAGCAGACAGAAUACUCUAUACGAUGUUGGAUAUAAUGACGGCCAGAAUUUGGAAAACUACAAACUUGAUUCUGAUCUAUUACUCGAGAGGCCGCAGUUCGAAUCAUUGGAAAAUUUAGAUUUGGAGGCAGAAAAUGAAGCAAAGAGAAUAAAAUUGGAUCCAAAAGCCCUUAUUGACGAACUCGCUGAGAAUAGGCUUCUUCCAUUGGCCAUGACCGUUGAAGAUAUACCAGACAACCUCAAAGAUCUUGAUCCAAAUAAGCAACCUGCAUUGAGCAAUGUUGAUGUUCUCCAAAUGCUUUUGAGGUUAACUGUCAUCAAACAGACGACGCCAGCAAACGAUGCUUUGGUUGAAGAUGAGUUGUUGGCGUUGGUAGCACGAAUCAUUUAUUCAGACGCAGAAGGUGGGAAUUGGCUUUUGUACUCAAGGGCACUUUGGGAAAGAUCACUUUUGGAAACAGGAAAAUCAAGAACCUUAGAGAGAGGUAUUUUACAAAUGACCUCGUUAAUCGAGGAAAUGGGGAUCAAGAUCAUUACUCGCCUCUUACCACAAUCUCAAGAGAACGAUCCAAAUGCAGUUGCCUCUCUGAGGUUGAGAUUUAUUCACCAAUUGCCCUUGUUACCACAAUGGUCAUUGGAUGCCAAGCUUGCAGAAAAAUACAUGUCUCUCGGGGUUAUUAAAUCGGCGCUUGAUAUUUAUGAGAGGCUUCAAUUACCAGCUGAGGCUGCAUUGUGCUAUGCAGCUAUCGGUCGUGAGCAGGAGGCGGAGAAGCUUUUGAUUGGUAGAAUUAAAGACCAUCCAGAAGAUGCAAGAUCAAUAUCUAUCUUGGGCGAUCUCAAACAGGAUCCACAAUUAUGGGAGAAGGCUUGGCAAGUGGGUCACUACGCAAAAUCAAAAGCAUCGUUGUCAAGAUAUUACUAUUCACCACCGCCUGGGUCCGGUCUUUCUAAGAAUUUGGAAUUGGCGAUAUCGCACAUGUACGAUUGUUUGCGCGUGAAUCCCUUGAACUACGAAAACUGGUUUUUUUAUGGGUGCUGUGGAUUGGAAUCUGGGAAAUUUGAACUUGCUUCGGAAGCUUUCACAAGAUGUGUAUCAUUGGAUGACAGCAAUUCAUAUGCUUGGUCUAAUUUAGCGUCAGCACUAUUAAAACUCGACAAGAUAAAGCCUGCAUUUAAUGCAUUGCAAAAAGCAGUUAGAAGCAGUGGUGAUAGAAAAUCAUGGAAGGUUUAUGAGAAUUAUAUGAACGUCGCAAUGCAGCUCAAUGAAUGGAAUGAUGUGUUGAUAGCAUAUCGUGAGCUUCUUUCUAUUAGAAAAAAUGAGGGAGAUAGCGUGAUUGACAUACCGGUAUUGGAGAAAUUAAGCGAGAUUCUCAUUUCGUCUGAGUUUCCAGAAAGCGGGAAAAAUUUGAGCCACUUUCAACGAACAUGUAUUCAGCUCAUCUGCGACACCCUACCAACCUUGAUUACGUCUUCUGCUCGUUGCUGGAGAAUUGUUGCCCGAGUUGAGCUUUGGAGGAAACGUCCAUGGGCAGCAUUGGAAUGUCAUGAAAAGGCUUAUAGAGCAUUGCUUCACAAUCCAGAACUAGAGGUUAAUGAAGAAGUUUGGAACGAAGUGAUCGAUGCAUGUGCAGAUUUGGUGGGUGCUUUUGAAUCUUUGGGAGAAUUACCUGGGAAGCAUGGUGCAGGUGACUUAGUUUGCAAAGACUGGAAGUAUAAAGCUAGAACUACAGUGAGAUCCUUGAUGUCAAAAGGUAAGGAUAUUUGGGAAGAUACACAAGGAUGGGAUACUUUACUCAGGUUAAAGGAGGAUUUGAGAAAUUAG